AUGGCUAACUUCUUCGUCUACUCUCUGAUGGUUACAAGUUUUAGACAGUUCUUAAAGCUGAAGAUAUCCCAUAUCUUCUCCUUGUUCAGACCUUCAACGCAAGUAAGACGUCCACAAAGACGGAGACCCAACGCAAUACAACAACCGAGGCAGCAUCACAUCCAGAGACAGAAUCCUUGUGUUCAAGGUGGAACAUUCCUUAAUCAAGCGACCCGACUACCAGAACUACAAACGGGAGAUCAGACGCCUCCAUCUCUCCAAUCAAGACUGCCAGUCCAACAGACAACCUCUCCAUACGAGCAAACCACGCCACCACAUGGACAGAGAGACCACACUCCCCACCACAUGCCAGCAACCUCUACAGUUCCCACCCAGCUCCCUACCACUACACUUCCUGCUUUUCAUACGUCAUCACCUCCCCCUCCUUUUAUGCCAAACUUGUCUUAUCAAAAAGGUGCCACCGAGCAGAGGAACCUGAGGGCCAACGACUACGCAUCUUUCCUUCUCCAGCAGUGCAACACCUCUCUAACAGACCUCCCUCAGAGUUUCGUCAAGAACUCUCUUCCCUUUCUUCAACAGGCUCGCAACACACAGGUGCAGUACCCGCUACCUCAGAUUCCCGGCAACACUCCAGCUCCCGGCUCUCAACCUUACUAUCAUGCUACUGGUGCUCCUUAUGGUUCCCUCGUCUACGUCACUCAUGGAAAGGUGAAACCCCGUAAGCGUACAGCCUUCACAGAAACCCAACAAGCCCAACUCGAGGAUGCGUUCGAGAAUAAAAACUAUAUCAGCACGGCAGAGAGAGUAAAACUCAGCCUGGAGAUCAGACUCUCAGUUCACACCAUCCUGCUCUGGUACCAGAACAAGAGAGCUAGGCUGAAGAAGAAGGGAAUCAACUCCAAACGGUCCGAGUAGAGACAAACUGAGAAGAACUUUGCAGUUUUAUAAUGACAUGUUUUUAUGUUUUAACUUCUUACGUUUGUAGUAAGAUUUAUAUACUUUACAGGCAUUUUUGCUAUUUUUAUUUUACUAUUGGGUAUCGCUUUUUAAGAUUUCCAGUGAUCAGCCUCUAUUCUUAAGAUGGCUGAUCUGUAUUUUCUGUGGUUAAUCGCAGUAGGGCGGUGAUCACAAAUACUUUUUUAGAUCAUUUUCAAUUUAAUCAAUACUUCUGAUGGCACGCCGUUUUACAUAUUCCGCACCAUACUUAAUUUUUCUUUAUUGACUGAAAAUUAUUUACUAAUCAC